AUGGACGGUUCCGGACGUAGAGUUAGUCUUGAUGGCAUUGCUGAAUCACACCAAUGGACUUCAUCGGAUGACGUUCUUUCUGAGGAUGAAAGUAGCUGCAGCACCAUGGUGACAGAUUCAGUAGAUUCUGAUGCUACCCCAUCACCCUUCCUACUUGGAGGUUUGCAAUUCUUAAAAAGAACAGAGCGCGGAAGAUGGGGCGAGUCAGAAUACACUCUACGUGCGGAAUCUGACGAUUCAGAAAGCACAGACUGUUCGGAGUCUAUCUUAGACCCAACGAAAAGGUUGAAAGGGCUCACUAUCAAAGAAACGGAGCACGCUCCUGCCAGCAACCAAAGAAUGACAGAUGACGCCGGAAGCGACAGUCCUGUCAUUUAUGUUGUUUCUUAUCCGACAUCAGACAGUCGGCAUCACUGUCCAUCACCCAAGAUACAUCAAACUGGUGAAAACGAAGGCAAGGUCGAUGAAGAGAACUCUCCCUUGGUCAUUAGCAAUCUCCCGGGAGUCGCCAAAGAUCAUCUAGCUUCCCAAAGCCAUGAUGUGCUCAGUUCCGAUUUAACAUCAGGACAAUAUAGUAUCAGAAGAAACUUUUGUCGACAGAUUGACGACUCGGGUUCAGAAAAGAAUUCUGGAGGUGGAAGAGAUACUAUGGAAGACAUCCCUUCACACCCUUGCAGCUCUGACAUCACCAAUGUCCUAAUUGCAGGAGGUUCUUACAGCAACAAAGUUUCUGGAGUACAAGACCCAUGCAGAUCUCAUGAUAGCUUCGAAUACCAGUCAGCCCCAAGCCCUGAGAAGAUGAGGAAGAUAUCAGAUGAAUCGGAACGGGGUGUUUAUUCGUCUGAAACCAAUGUGACACAAGUUGAUGGGAGCGCCUGCAUGUUUUCAGAUUCAAGUCCAGUACAAUCUCCACCAGAUCAUUUGCUGCUUCCACGGACUCUUAGCAGGGAAACUGGCAACAGUGCAGAAGAAAUCAGUACUAAGGUGCAGCAACGCGUCGAGUCCAAUUUUGUCGCAGCUGAUCAUCAGAAGACUUGCGAGUCUGAUGAUAUACCAUUCGAUGAAUGCCACGAUAGAAAAGUCUCAUGUACAGAAAGUCACAGUUCCAACCGUCAAUUACAACUGGAGACGAGUCCUAUCACCCAACUAUCCACAUCAGCAGAGGUCAGCGCUAGCGGUACCGUGCAACCAGAGCAUGGAUCAGGAACUGUAGAUGACUUGAAGUUUAAUGAACCAAUUAUUUCAGUGGAGACUGAGCAGAAGGAGAUGAGAAACCCAAUAGAUGAGAAUGACGCAGUUGUGACCAAACCUUAUCCGAACAGAAUUUCAAAUUUUAGUCCAGUGGAGGCGGAGGAAAACCAGGAAAAUAGUCGUACAGAGUCGGGACAUGGUGUAGAAAAUACAGGAAGUUUAGAACACUCCACUGAUGAGGGCCUAUUAUCAAGUAAAAGAAAUACGAAUACGACAGUCAGUGUAAAGGCGGCUAAAGGACAAGGCAGGUCUGGCUAUAAGGUUGCCAAAAGAGGGAGGCGGAAAAAGAGAUGUUCGCAAACCGAUCGAAGUCAUGACGAAGUUACGACCAGAAGUCAGCGACUGAAUGCUGGAAUUCAUCGUAGUGACACAUUAAUUCACGAACGCGUUUUUAUACUACAUGAAAAGUUGGCUAAAGUGAAAUCAGGGCAAGACAAACUAACAAAAUCUCUCUCCAAGCCGAAGAAAGUCAUCAAAGAUGCGGCUGAGGUGGGCCAGCAGCUGAGUACCAUCCAGACCAACCUACGCCAGAUUGCUGCUGACAUGAAGGAAGCCAAGAGUGACCUUGAACGCUCUCUCUUUGACCUGCGUUUCGUCUACAGUCAGAAAAAGCGCAAAAACUACGUCGAACAGGAACUGAACAGUGUCCUGGAGAUCCAGCAGACUCUGUGGACACAACUCAAGGUUCAUCGAGAAAUCGCCUCCCGGUUGCAAGAGAUCAUCCGGAGACACACGGAGGAGAUGAAAGAGACGAGAAGAAAGCGAGCAAAGCAUACGAUGGGGAAGAGGAGAGAUAGAGAGGAAUCUGCGAGGCUGGGUCCUAGUGAUGAAAGUGCGGGGGAUACCUGUGAUAAUGUUACUGACAUAGCAUCUGGAUGCACAACAAAAGAAAGCAUCCCUGCAGAUAAGCAGAAUGCCCUUCUUCAACAACUGUUGGAAACUCUUGACGAGUGUGAAGGCAAUCUCUUAGUCAAGUUCAUGUCCGUGCUGCAAAGCAAGGGGUCUGACCAGCUAAAACCAUCUGUUCUGAAGAAAGCGCCACUGGUUGCAUCAAGUGUAGGAUAUUCAGAAGAAAGAAGAGGAGCUACAAUGAAGAGCAUGAGCUUGACCACUUCAUCAUUAGGUGAAAGAGACCUCACAGCGGACAGCAGCUGUGGACUUGUUAGAACGCGUGGAAAGAUAGAAGAAGGGCAGACAGGGGAGAUUUAUGGAGAUAGACACGACUUGUCGACAGAAUCAUCUUCCCUCAAGCAGGGUAGAUCAGGGUCAAACAAUCAAUUUACUCUUGACCUAGUUAUGGAUGAGAAAGAGAUAGUACCUGAUGACAUUGAGUAUUCCUCUUCAGGAGAUGGCGGUGCAGGAGAAUUGUCGUCUAGUAGUGAGGAUGAGAUGUCAGUAGUGCCUGAUUCCUCUGAUCAAUUCCAAGAAGCCAUUGCCAGCAAAGAACCUUUGUCGAAAGGUUGCAUUGGCAAAAUGAAGCAGAUACAAGUAACUCCUGUUGGACAAGUUGUUCCUGAAGUGGUUCAAGUCAGUGAAGAUGUUAACAAUUCGUUUACCAACGUUCAGUCAUCGGUGUCCAUAAAUAAUUCUUCAACGAGUGCUGUUGAGGUAGGAAGCUUGCAUUCCAUUCAGAAGACUGCACAGGCAUCAUCGGCGCAGAUUUGCGACGGUGUUGCUUCUUUAGGGCAGAAAACCGCACCUUUUCAUACUCCUUGGAAAGUUUGGGUGAGCAAUAACCAAAGAGUCGGCUCAAAGGCGGCUGAAAAAGAAAUCCAGCAAGUUCCGUCAUCUCACUUAUUCGGAAGUGCAACGUCAUCUGUGGGGCUGCCAAGGGCAUAUGCCAACAUUCAUGGUGGAGAGAUAGCGUUGCCGUAUGCAAAGCCUAUGGCGAAAACGCAGUUCCAAUUGAUCACCAUUCCCAAGUCCGUACCAUCAGGAAGCACCCAAAUAUCGUCUGGUUCCCAUCCACAAACACCAGUACCAGUACCUGCAGAAGUCAGGCUGACACCUCUUGCUGGACAGAGAAUGCCUGGUCCUGUUAAAAUAGUAUCACAGAAAGGAGUUUCCAGAAAGCAGAAUACGACAAGAAAUAUAUCCGCUGUACCUGAAAAUUCUCUCCAGUGCGAGCAAAAUCGCAACAAACGCUCCAACCAAGUUGACAUUGGCGCUUCAAGUCCAGCUCUCAGGUCACAAUACAUAGAGAGAGUGAGGAUCCAGGAAUAUACUGCAGCAGUUUCGCAUGGUUCACCCGACAUCUCCCGCAAGGAAAGACCAUUAGCUUGUAAUGCGAAAACUCGACCAGAAGAAUCGAAAGUAGAGAAGUGGUCUUCACUCAAUGGACCUUCUAAUCAGAGAGAUGCUCCAAGACAGCAACCUGAUCAGAUGCCGUGUAUUCCAGAUAUGAAGUUAUACAGCAAGGUUCGUCUGGUAGAUGAGAAUGAGCUCAUACCGUAUACUGAAGUUCUGCCUAAGGAAAUGUGGACAACGGACGAUAUCGCCUUGGUUGAAUUGCCUCAAGAAUUCUUCGAUGGAAUAGACUCGUGGUAAAAAUCCAAUAUGCUCAUGUUUAUCCAAUCUCUCCCUGCUGCAUGAUCAUGAAGUGGAAACUACUCUCAUUCAAAUACCUACAGUACAUGUCCAUGACUAUAGUUAGGUGUGUGUUUUGUAUACCAAUGGAUUUUGUUUCAAACUAAGUCUAUUUUUCACAAGUGCUAGCAAUCCACUGCAUGCUUUUGUGAUUGCAAUUAAACCAUUGACAUCUGAAACUCACUUUUGUUGAUGCAUGUGGUGAAAUAAUGAACCCAAUGCAGUCAGUCAUGUGACAAAACGUGUGCGUAAAGAAACCUAUUCUGAUCAAUUCUGAUAUACGUGACAUCGAAACCCUUUACAAAUGUGUAUACUUGAUUCGAAGAGUGUUGAGAAGCUUACUGUAAAAGGACAAACUCUCGCCUGCAAAAUCUGGUCAAUUAUGCGAGUGGUCCAAAUUCACGAAAGUUUUAUGCUGCGAAAUAAUUUUUUUCAAUUCGCGAGAGUUUCUUGCCGCCAAAUCCUCAUCGGUAGGCGUGCCGAUGUUUACGGUUUGGGUUUUACAUAGUAUUAUGUACAUGCAUUGUUGAAUUUGGCUAAUUGAUGACUCAAGUAUCCUUACUUCUAAUUUCAGCUUCGAUUAUUUUAACUUGAUAAUGUUAAUUAUUUAUGAUGUACCGUAAUAAUCGAGUUUCUCGCGAGUGGAGGACUGUACUCUUUAAAUAGUCUUUUUUGUCGGUUCGUUAAUAAUGUCUUGCUGUAAUAGCCUUCACUUUAGUGUACCCAAGCUGUUGAAUGUGAGUUUCAUUAGUUACAUCAUACACUGUAAAUAUGAAUGUAUGGGUGCACAUGUCAUGUGCCGUUUCCAACCCAUUCUGUUGUGGUCUGGUCAUUGAUCAGGCCCUGUGACUGAACGGAGAAAGAUAUGUGUAUUUUUUUUUUGAGGGGGAGGGGCGGACUCUUUAAUUGCUGUGCAUUAUUCUGUGCCUUUGUAGUUGGUGAGCAUUUAGGUUGUCCAGCGAAUUAUAUAUGUCGCCUAGCUGACAAACCAUUCAAAAUGACUUUAGAUAUCUCCUCUUGAUUGUAAUGCAGUUUCAUUAACUCUUGUUAAAUUUUGUUGGGGCAUUGCUGUAUAUUGCUUAACAGAACUUUAAAUAAAAAUGUUUAUCUUCGCUUCUGAUAUUACCUAGUACUUAUGC